AUGGGCAUGUGCUGCCGGUGGUUCCGGAAGUCCCAUCCCGCGGCCUCUGGCUCGUCCCGCCCCGACGGCGGGAGCUCCGGCGGGCCCUCCUCCGCGUCUCCGUCCACCGCACCGCAGCACGUCAAGCCCCCAGCCCCGAUCGGCCCCGUCCUCGGCCGGCCCAUGGAGGACGUCAAGAGCAUCUACAACGUCGGCAAGGAGCUCGGGCGCGGGCAGUUCGGCGUCACGUCGCUGUGCACGCAGAAGGCGACGGGCCAGAAGCUGGCGUGCAAGACCAUCAGCAAGCGGAAGCUGUCCACCAAGGAGGACGUGGAGGACGUCCGGCGGGAGGUGCAGAUCAUGUACCACCUGGCGGGCCAGCCCGGGGUGGUGGAGCUCAAGGGCGCCUACGAGGACAAGCACGCGGUGCACCUGGUCAUGGAGCUCUGCGCCGGCGGCGAGCUCUUCGACCGGAUCAUCGCCAAGGGCCACUACACGGAGCGGGCCGCCGCGGCUCUCGUCCGCACGAUCAUGGGGAUCAUCCACACCUGCCACACCAUGGGCGUCAUCCACCGCGACCUCAAGCCCGAGAACUUCCUCCUCCUCAGCAAAGAAGAAAACGCGCCGCUCAAGGCCACCGACUUCGGCCUGUCCGUCUUCUUCAAGGAGGGCGAGGUGUUCAGGGACAUCGUGGGCAGCGCCUACUACAUCGCGCCGGAGGUGCUGAAGCGGAACUACGGGCCCCAGGCCGACAUCUGGAGCGUGGGCGUCAUGCUCUACAUCCUGCUCUGCGGCGUCCCGCCGUUCUGGGCGCAGUCGGAGCACGGCAUCUUCAACUCCAUCCUGAGAGGGCAAGUGGACUUCAACAACGACCCGUGGCCGCGCAUCUCCGGCGGCGCCAAGGACCUGGUCAGGAAGAUGCUCACCUCCGACCCUAGGAGGAGGAUUUCUGCACACGACGUCCUCAACCAUCCGUGGAUCAAAGAGGACGGCGAGGCGCCCGACACGCUGAUCGACAACGCUGUCCUCGGCAGGCUCAAGCAGUUCAGAGCUAUGAACCAGUUCAAGAAGGCCGCGCUAAGGGUGAUCGCUGGGUGCUUGUCGGAGGAGGAGAUCAGGGGGCUGAAGGAGAUGUUCAAGAGCAUGGACUCGGACAACAGCGGCACCAUCACCGUGGACGAGCUGCGGAAGGGGCUGGCCAAGAAGGGGACCAAGCUCAGCGAAGCCGAGGUCCAGCAGCUGAUGGAGGCUGUGAUGGGUGGUUGCAGGCGGACGCGGACGGGAACGGCAUGA